AUGACACCGCUUGCUCGGGUUGCAGAUUUUAAUCCUGACUGUAAGACUCCUGAAAAACACCAGAUGUAUUGCCCAAGGGACUCGAAGAAACAGGGCCAGAUAUUGAGAGAUGUUCUACCGAGCGACCAGAGUCUAUUUGACCGCAAGGCUACACUUGCAGGGGAUAAUCGCAUAUUCAUCGAUCUCACUCGAAUCUAUGAACAUGUUUCUGAUGGUCCAGGAGAGAAAACCCACGAAGGUUCAAUCUCUAUAGUACGCGGUGCUCAAGGAUAUCACCGUUUGCCUUUGGCAGACAUUACUCAUCAAAUAGUAUCAAUCAAUUUAGUGGUCUUGCCAACUUACGAAGAUUUAGUUGUAUCUUUUCCUCCAGUCUCUCCAUUUAGAGUCUUUGAAGACCUAUGUGAGGUGCAGUUGUGGAAGGCAAGAGGCAAAGAUUCGGAAACUUCGCUGGACGUUGGCAAUUUUACAGGCAAAUCCACAAGUGUCGAUGCAAUCGAUUUGAGUCAAGACUCAGAAGACGAAACAAGUGAGCAGUCAUCAACUUUUCCGGAAAGCAUUCAGUCAAGCCCGUUGAGAAGUUUUCAAGAUCGGUUGUUCGCAUCUAACAAAAUCAGCAGUUCUUGCAAUGCUGGAUCUGUCACAGCUGUCUUGCAUCUAGCUGAUAAACCAGAUCAAAAUUCACCGGGUAACAAGCUGGAAUGCCGAGAAAGAAAGCGCAUUAUUGUGUCGUCGACUCGCAGGCCUCUUCAUGUUAAAAAGUCCAUGCAGAUAUGGUUAGAAUCAACUAAUCGUCUGCUCGAUCCAUUCAGAGAAGACGGCGAAUGCUGGUUUCACCCCGCACCACCGCCUCCUCGCAUAACUCCUAUCAGUACAUGGCGUGCUUGCGGCAAUAUACAGAAAGCUUUCAGCUGGCAAGAUCACAAUGGUAAACACAGUCUAGUCUUAAACUUUGGUAUGGUUUCCAAGAUUCUCUUUCACACAAUGACGAAACGACAGAAAGAUGGAUUCGUCAACAAGAAGUGGCACCUCAGCCAUCUUUGUGGGAAUUGGACAUGUUUGAACCCUAACCAUACCACUGUUGAACCUGGUAAUGUUAACAUUAGCCGAAACAGUUGCUUUUCCCAUAGAGGCGGUUGCUCACAUGAGCCCAAAUACAUGAAGGAGAAAAAAGCCAACCUGAGUGCCAAAGGCAUUCCCAUUUAUCAUAAUGACGAGAUCAUGCAAGGUGCCGAUGCCCGUCCUAGUAGUGGAGAAGUUUAG